AUGUUUCGUCAAGAAGUCAGUGUGACGUCUUUUAUUCCAUCUUGUUCGUAUCUUUUCCAACACGAGAAGAGGAAUAUGUCCAGGUAUAACAUAUACAGCCUGCUGGACUGGAUCUACGGCGGGGUCGACCCGAAGUUUGAGGGCAACGGGGGCCCGGACUGCGCCGCCUUCAUCGCCCCCCAGCAGCGCAUCUGCGAGAGCCUGGUCAUCGUGCUGGUGUCCCUGGUGGAGAUCGGCGUGGCUCUGAAGAAGAUGAACCUCUCCAAAGAGCUCCGGGUGGUCGGGAGGGACUCCGCGAGGUCGAAAGUGGACAGUCUGGGGAAGAACCUGUUGCUGGUGGCCCUCUGCAUGACUUUUGGAGUGGAGGUGGGCUUCAAAUUCGCAACCAAGACGGUGAUCUACCUCCUGAACCCCUGCCAUGUGGUGACCAUGAUCCAGAUCUUCCUGCUGGCCUGCCCGCCAUGUAAAACAGCCAUGGUUGUGUUUAGGCUGCAGGUCCACAUGCUGAACGGAGCUCUGCUGGCUUUGAUGUUCCCCGUCGUCAACACCAGACUGCUACCAUUCGAGAAGGAGAUCUACUACAUCCAGCACUCCAUGCUCUACUUGGUGCCUCUCUACCUUUUCAGGAAAGGAGGUGUGUACAAGCCUGAGCCUCUGGGGGACAUGUGGUGGGCACUGCUGGCCACGGGCAUCCUGUUCCUCUACCACUUCCUCUUCCUGCAGGUCCUGGGCCUGGCCACCGAGGUCAACCUGAACAACAUGCUGUGUCCGGCCGUGUCGGAUCCGUUCUACGGGCCCUGGUACCGGGUGUGGGCCACGGGCCACCAGACCCUGCUGACCCUGCUCCACGGGAAGGCGCUGACCUUCCUGUCGCAGCACAGCGGCUCGGCCUGCCGCUCCCUGCUGGACACGCUCCGGCUGCGCAGCAAGAAGGUGGACUGA